UUUUCAUUGCUUUAAAAUGAUAUUUACUUUAAAUGAAUUAGAACAUUGGUUGGGACUGACCAUUUUUGAAAUGUGGAUAAAUUUAGUUUCAUUAACAAUUUUCUCAGUGUUACUAGCUCUCAGAUUGGACGAAAAUUAUUUCCUGGGCAAUACAGGAUGGUGGAUAGUAUUCUCACCACUUUUUGUUGCUGAUGGUCUGAAUGCUUAUUUUUGUGCAAUUAUUUUCAUAAGAAUGCAUAUGGAAGGAAUGGUCAAAGCUGCUGUUUUAAGAGGAUUAUGGAGUCUCAUAUUGUUGAUCUUAAUAUUUGUUUUUAAAUAUCUCCUGUGUAGAAAGCUAUCAGGACAAAGUCCUUUAGAAUAUUCAGAAGUUUUGAGCCCCCUAUUUAUUCUUUUGCAAUUAAUUGCAGUUAGAGCAUGUCAACUUCAUUAACUUCUAUAGCAUAUUAUUACAUACAUAAGGUCAUAACAUACUUUUCAUCAUAAUCCAUUACCAUAUGUACACAGGCAGAAAAUGUAUUUACCGUUUUACUAUUUCUAAAAGUUUAUUAUUAAAGUAAAUAAGCUUAUAAUGUGUAGUAAAAUAUCUAAGAAAUAAAUUCAGUUGAAGAAAAUACAAUGUAAAUGUAAUAUUCUAAUAAAGAAUUGUUUAAUGCUUAA